AUGUCACCUGAAGAACUGGUUCGCUGGGGAAUGAAAGUUUUCAUGGAAUCUGCCGGGCCACUGCAUCAGUUUCGCUUCCGACGCAUCAUAUUAGAUGAAGGACAGCAUAUUCGUAACCCAGAAGCUCAGACGUCGAUUGCAGUCAGAGCACUUCAUGGGCAUUACAAAUGGAUAUUGACCGGGACGCCUCUUCUCAAUCAUAGUGCUGAGUUCUGGGCCUAUUUUAAGUUCCUGGGGGUCCCCAAUAUUGGACGCUUUUCAAGUUUCGUCUCGAACUUUUGUAAUGGAAGCGAUGUAUCGAACCAACGCCUUGUGAAUAUCGUCCAGAAAAUCGUCUUUAGGCGCACUCAUCGCUCAAGACUCUUUUCAUGUCCUAUCGUAACACUCCCGAAUCUGAACGAAAAGACGGAGUUCGUGAAGCCAUUCGCAAUCGAACAGGCUCUCUACAAAAUGCUUGUCGCUUCUUUCAUUAACCAGUUGAAUAGCCUGGCAGGCCAGGAAGAAGAGCAGAGCAGAAGUUUCCUUACUAUGAUCCUCAAACUGCGAAUGCUCAACAGUCACAUACUCUGUGUCCAGGACAGAUUGAAGAUGAUUUUGGACGAUGAACAAAAUCUGGCAAAUCUUCAGAGCGCUGUCGCAGAUUCUACUAGUAAUGAGGCUGACAUCAACCGUGGCAUCUACGUGCGACUCGAGGAGCUCAUGCACGCCACGAGACAAGCCAAAAAGGCCGAAAAGAGCAUCACCUCGGCCGAGGGUAUGCUUAGAAAUUUUGAGAGAGCUCUCGCUGCAGCGGAGGAUUAUGGCAAUGAUGUGACCGACUGGAUGGCAGCUGCAGGCCACGACAUGCCCAGCUCAAAGGUUUUAAAGACACGAGAUGUAAUUCGAGAGUGGUUCAGGAAUGCCCCUGAUACCAAACUUGUGAUCUUUACGCAAUUCCGUGCCAUGACGAAAAUAUUCUGGCACAUGUGUAAAACAGAGGGAUGGGUAGUUACAAUGUUGACAGGAGACAUGAAACCUGAUUGCCGCACGCAAAGUCUCAGAGAUUUUCAGACCAAGCCGGAAAUAAAAGUCCUGAUCGCCUCCCUCAAAGCUGGUGGCACGGAUCUCGAUAUCACGGCUGCAAAUAAGUGUAUUCUGGUUGAGCCAUGGUGGAAUGAUGCAAUCCAGCAACAAGCCUUCUGUCGCCUGUUCCGCAUCGGACAGGAACGCGACGUCGAGAUCGUCAAAUUGGUGGCGCAGAAUACCAUUGACGAUUUUAUGAUGGACCUGCAGAAGCUGAAACUGAAAGAUAUCGAAGGCGCAAUUGGAGACGCGAGGCUCCCCUCAGUUGGAAUUCAAGGUCAUUUGGUUGAUCACUUCGGCGUUGCUGAACGCUCUGCUGAUGGGACGGUCAGAAUUCGACUCCAUGAAGAGAAUUGA